AUGAGUUCAUUUUUAACGACAAUAACGCAAAAUUUUGUGUGCACGUCGAGGUUGCAAGUCCGGUUCUACGCCAAGCGAGCCUACAAGAAGACAAAAAAUGCUCAGCUAAUCCGUGCACCCUCUCGAAAAACCUUGGAACAGCCCCGCCAGGUGUUUCUGUUUGGCAACUUUUCUGGCUUACAUCUCCCCCAAAUUAAGACAAUUGAGACCUCUCGGAAAGCCAUAGAGUCCAUUUCGUCAUUCAGCUCACUCAGGAUUUUUCCUACCGUCAGGGCAGCCAUGGUGCAAGAGAUCAAACGAGGUUACAACUUUAAGAAUACUUAUAUGGCUUCUAAAGAUGACCUUGAGAUCAAGCCUUCACCGGUUCAGGUGGCUGCAAUUCGAAAGAUUAAUCAACCACGAAACAUCAAGUCGACCAAGUCACGCACACCGCAACUGGGGGCAGAAAUAUUUAGUGAACUCAUGGCUCAAAAUGAUGCCAAAAGACUCAAAGUUUUCACCAUUGCCGCCGAAACUGGUUCCGGUAAAACAUGGGCAUAUACGGCCCCUAUGCUCACAAAGUUAAAGGAAGAAGACAUGGAGCUCUUUAAUAUAUCUGAAGCUACAUACGCCGAGGCGAAGGCGGCUCCCAUAAUUAGGGCUUUGGUAGUUUUGCCUACUCAUGAACUUGUGGACCAGGUUUAUAACACGCUCAGGUCAGCUAAUGACCAGAAAUUUGCCACGGACGAAGUGGUGGACCCCAAAUUGUUGUCGGAUGCAAAAUAUGCCCGGUUUUUAAAGGCACCAGAUCAGCUCAAUGGUCUUCAUCUCAACAUUAAAAAGUUUGGCGCCGGUGACUCGCAUCGAGUUUUGUUUGAUGGAAUCAAGCAACGGGUAGACGUUCUUGUAACCACGCCCGGAAAGAUUCAGGGACUUGCAAAAUUACAAAAUGUGGACCGACCAUUUCGUUUUUUCAAUCAUGUCCAAUAUUGUGUCGUCGACGAAGCCGAUACUCUCAUGGAUAACUCGUGGGUUGACGAUACUACGGCGGUGCUUCGAAGGCUUACCAAGUGCAAAGAUCUUGUUUUCUGCUCGGCGACCAUUCCCAAACAGUUCAACCGCACACUUUCCAAAAUGUUUCCCGAUGAAAAAUCCAUUAUACAUAUCAACACUCCAGCAUUGCACAAGAUUCCUCGCCAGAUUGUGGUGAAGAUCAUCGAUGCCCAGGUCUCACCUUAUAAUGGGUCCAAGACCCGGUGUCUUGCCCAAGCGCUUUAUGCUAUUCAUAACGACGGAACAGAGGCCGGUUAUGUGAAGAGAAUACUCGUUUUCGUCAACGAAAAGAAAGACGUAGCUCCACUCGUGGACGUUUUGGUGAAAAAGUACGGCAAUCGGGCCGAGGACAUUGUUGGUAUCACUGGAGAUACUAAGCCAGAAGAGAGAAAAGGUUUACUAGAACCAUUUUUGAAGCCAGCAGAGUUGGUGGAAGACGAUAUAGACCAAAGCAAAAUCAAGGUCUUGGUCACGACCGAUCUAAUGGCUAGAGGUAUGAACUUUGUGGGCAUCAAGAAUGUGAUUUUGAUGGACUUGCCAAACACAUCUGUGGAUCUCAUGCAUAGAGUGGGCCGUACUGGACGGAUGAGACAGUCGGGCCGAGUAUUUGUGAUUAUAGAUAAGAAGACAGGAAAGUCGUGGAUCAAAGGGUUGCCAAAUGUGGUGAAAAAAGGCAUUACAGUGGGAUAG